AUGGAUACCACUUCCUCGACCACCACGAAUGCCUACUUCCCGGCCAAGAUGUUUGAGGGAGGUUUCCACCACCAUCAAGAGUACACCCUGACAAAAGCCUUUAUGGAGCUGGCCUAUACAAGCGUCGCGACUUUUAUCCUGUCCUGUAUCUGGUCUUCUCUCGUUCACGAUGCCUGGGUCAAUCCUCAUUUCAGGAUCACCUUUGCCACCAUGGAUGUCCUUGCCGCCAUAUACUUCCUUUCUCGCGUUCGCUUUGUACCUGGAAUAUGGACUCAGCUACGCUCACCAUCUCCGCCGACCCUCGCCUUCUUGAAGAGUUUACCCCAACACAUACCUCAAAAUGUCUAA